CCGACCAAAUCCAAAGCAAUUUCCCCUUUGAAUUCAACACCUCAGUCAUGGAUACCCCCCUGGUAGCUUCGAAUUUCUUCCAGAACCCUUCUCCGGACUUCGCCAACCAAACCCUACCCUUGAACCAAGAUGACUCCGAAGAAAUGCUUCUCUAUGGAGCCUUAGCUAAGGCCAGGGACGGACAAGCUAGCUCCGCGGAGACGGAGGCCGACGUCUCUUACAGAGGCGUUCGCCGGCGGCCGUGGGGAAAAUACGCGGCGGAGAUAAGGGACUCCACCAGGAACGGCGAGAGGGUGUGGCUGGGCACCUUCGACACGCCGCAGGCGGCCGCUCUGGCCUACGACCAGGCCGCACUUGCAAUGCGGGGAUCCAUGGCGGUGCUGAAUUUUCCGGCGGCAAUGGUGUACCAAUCACUGGUGGAGAUGGAGUUCGGGUUCGAGGAUGAGGGACGUUCGCCGGUCUUGGCCCUGAAGAAGAGACACUCCAUGAAGAGGAAAGGAGAGAGCAUGAAGAAGACGACGAAAGACCAACCUUUGGUUGUGUUGCAGGAUUUAGGAACGGAGUACUUAGAGGAACUUCUCGGAUCAUCGGAAGCUCCCAUCACAUCUGUCCAAAACUAUGUAACCAUAUGAUCCUAAUUCCGUUAAAAGUUAGUUAUAUCUCGAUCUAUAAUAUGGAUAUAUCCUUAAAAAUGUCGAAUUACUGUUCCAAACAUCGAUUAUUUCUUCUUUCUUGGUUCUUUCCAAAGAUAAGAUGAGCGUUAAUUAAUCUUUUUCCUUCUUUUAAGGUCGAAGAAGACAACUCUGUGAUGAUUGCAUUUUGGGGGGAUGGGCCCAGAUCUUUGUCCCCUGUUC